ACCUCGCUCUCCGCCAUGAACGGGCCCACCCUGCAGCCCUCCUCGGCCUCCUCCUCGUCCUCCCCGUCCUCGUCGGCCGCGGCGGCGGCGCCGUCCCCGUCCCCGUCCCCGUCCCCGUCCCCGCGGGGCUGGAGCGAGUUCUGCGAGCUGCACGCGGUGGCAGCGGCCCGGGAGCUGGCCCGGCAGUACUGGCUCUUCGCCCGCGAGCACCCGCACCACGCGCCGCUGCGCGCCGAGCUCGUGUCGCUGCAGUUCACCGACCUCUUCCAGCGCUACUUCUGCCGCGAGGUGCGCGAGGGCUGGGCGCCCGGGCCGCCGGGGUCCCGGACCGCGCCGCCCGCGCGCGACUACCGGGACACGGGCCGCGGCGCCCCCGCCAAGGCCGAGGCGGCCCCCCCGGCCGAGGCGGGCCCGGGCCCCGCCGCCCCCGCGCUGCCCAAGGCCCGCAGCUCGGAGGAGCUGGCCCCGCCGCGGCCGCCCGCCGCCUGCACCUUCCAGCACCUGCGCCACAGCCUCCGCCACCUCCUGCGCCGCGGCUCGGCCGGGGAGCUGCCCGCGGCCGCGGGGGACGCCGGCGAGGGGCCGGGCCGGGCCGGCCUGGCCAGGAAGCUCCUGCCCUGGAGCCUGGCCCGCGAGCCGCCGCCCGAGGCCCUCAAGGAGGCGGCGCUGCGCUACAGCCUGGCCGACGAGGCGUCCAUGGACAGCGGGGCGCGCUGGCAGCGGGGGCGCCUGGCCCUGCGGCGCGCCCCGGGCCCCGACGGCGGCGCCGACCGCGUGCUGGAGCUCUUCGACCCGCCCAAGAGUUCAAAGCCCAAGCUACAAGCAGCCUGCUCCAAUAUCCAGGAGGUGCGGCGAUGCACACGCCUCGAGAUGCCGGACAACCUCUACACCUUUGUCUUAAAGGUGAAGGACCGGACAGACAUCAUUUUUGAAGUGGGGGAUGAGCAGCAGCUGAAUUCCUGGAUGGCUGAGCUCCGGGAGUGCACAGGCCACGGGCUGGAGAGCACAGACCCAGAGAUGCAUAUUCCCUCAGCCCUAGAGCCUGGCACAUCCACCUCUCCAAGGGGAAGCACAGAUUCCCUGAACCAAGGUGCUUCUCCUGGGGGGCUGCUGGACCCAGCCUGUCAGAAAACAGAUCAUUUCCUGUCCUGUUACCCCUGGUUCCAUGGCCCCAUCUCCCGGGUGAAGGCGGCUCAGCUGGUUCAGCUGCAGGGUCCUGAUGCUCAUGGAGUGUUUCUGGUACGGCAGAGUGAGACACGGCGUGGAGAAUAUGUGCUCACAUUCAACUUCCAAGGCAUAGCCAAGCACCUGCGCCUGUCGCUGACUGAGCGGGGCCAGUGCCGAGUGCAGCAUCUGCACUUCCCCUCUGUUGUGGACAUGCUACACCACUUCCAGCGCUCCCCCAUCCCACUGGAGUGCGGAGCUGCCUGUGAUGUCCGCUUGUCCAGCUACGUGGUAGUCGUCUCUCAGCCACCAGGUUCCUCCAACACUGUCCUGUUUCCGUUCUCCCUCGCUCAUUGGGAUUCGGAGCUGGGCCUUCCCCACCUUAGUUCUUCUGGCUGUCCACGGGGGCUUGGCCCAGAGGGUCUCCCAGGCCGAUCCUCUCCCCCAGAGCAGAUAUUCCACCUGGUGCCUUCGCCCGAGGAGCUGGCCAACAGCCUACAGCACCUGGAGCCUGAACCUGCCAGUCGAGCCCGGGACUCAGACUACGAAAUGGACUCCUCCUCCCGGAGCCAUCUAAGGGCCAUAGACAAUCAGUAUACACCUCUCUGAUGGGCAGCGAGGAAUCCCCAGCCUCACACAUGCCCCUGAGGAACACAAGCAAGCAGAGAUGUGAACUUGUGAAUGUAACUUACUUUCCUUCCUUCCAGAGAGAGUUUUAAGGGACACUGUUAACUGCUCAUUCCAGUUUGGAUGUGACCCUUCUAUUAGGCCUGUUGAAGGGCCUCCUAUAAGUUUCAUCCAUCCACCACUUGGCUUUCUCCUCAUUGUUUACAGAUGUAGUUCUUGUUCGCAGAUGCCACUAGUUCCUGCCCUGAGUCCCUAGGACCAGGCCCCGUCCCUCUUAUAGGAGGUGGUGGGGUGAGGGCCAGAGCUGGCGGUGGAACCUUGGUUCUCUUUUUCACUGACAUUGUCACAGCCGAUGGCAGAUUCUCGGGGGUGGGGUGGGGUGGGUCGUCAGGAAGCCCAAAACACUAACAAGCCCUGGAUUCUCAUAUUGGUUUGCCUGUUGUAGCCUCAGCCCACAUGGCAGGUCUGCCAUCACCCAUGCCAUAGGUGAACACACCAAUUCUGCUCUGACUUGCAGCUUUAGUUUGGACAAAGCUCAAGGUUAAAAAUGACUUUAAACAUUUUACCUCAGAUUAAUUUUUCAAAGGAUUCAGGUCUCAAAACUCAAUUAUUGCUUAUUUCAUUGCACUCUUUAAUACCCAGGCAACAGAGACAGCUAUGCAAACCUUACUUGACAAGUUCCCGGUCUGAGCCAGCAUGCCUGGCUUCCAUGUCUUUUUCAUCCUCAGGACAGUCACCUGCUGCUGAGUAGCCACUGUCCUUCUUAAAUGUAGGGAAGUGAAGUUUUGUCACCCUUUCAGGGAAAUUCAGGCAAUUACUGAAAUAGGAGGGUGGCAAGGAGAAUUCUACCCUGGUGCCUUAUGAAUAAAAAACUGGAUUGUGGUUUACAGCAGCUUUAUGGUGAGAAUUCAACUAGUUUAACUAAGGGGCAAGGGAGGGACAAGCAAAAUGGGAGGAAGGGCUCCUAGGCCCUAUCUUCUGGUAAAUCCUUCACCAACAGGGCUGGCUCAGAGCCCCCCAGGCAUCUAGUGGCUUAUGAACUAUUCUACAAGGUUUUAGGCUCAAUCUUGAGCCAAAAUAGGAGCUAGGAGUCUGGUGCCACAGCUAAUGAGAAACUCUUUUAACAGCCCACAAUCAGUUUCUGUUCCAGCUGCGUACUGCUUCAUUUGAUGAGGAAUGCGUGUGCAUGAACACAUGGGCACACAUCAUCUCCAACAGCCCAGGGGGUCCUAAAGUCCAAUCUCCAUCUAUACUUUCCUUUCACCAGUAAUACAAUUCACAGGGCGGCUGGCUCCUCCCAAAACUUUCAUGCAGAGGCUCAGAAACAAGGGGGGCAGUGACUCUGGGGUGCCAGCAGAGCCAUUCAAUAUAGCCACCAGGCUCACCAAAGUGGCUUCUAGAAAACUAGGAGUUUAGCACACCUUAACAUUUAUAGAUACAUCAGUCUUAGCCUCUAACUACUGCUUGCCUUUUUUGGGGUGAGGGUCUGGUCUGCUCCCUCCAGCCAUUCUCUGUAUUUCCAGAAGUCAGACUUUUGCUUCUAGAAUUUUCUGGGUUUUCAUUGUGGGGGUGGGGAUGAGUGGAGGGAGCAAGCGGUGUCACCUCUUCACUACUUUAAAAACGAUUGUAAAGCAGAUCCGAUCCAGAUUUGUGGUCUUUUUCUAAGGACACCUCUUUCCUUCUACACAUCAAGCAGGUCUCUCUAUGUAACGGAUGCUAAGUGUGAACCAGAGAAGUAAGCGCUAUUCUGGAUUUCUAUUAGAGAAAGCUCGUCACAGGAAGUCAAUGCUUAGAAGUCACUGGUACAGAUUGUCCCCUUAUCGAUACAGGAAAGGGGCCAAGUAGGCAACAACCCAAGGAAGCCCCCUCCCUCUCACUAGAAGGGAUGGGAUCUAAAAAUCUGGGAUUUGACAUUUUUAAGCCAGGGGCACUCGCUUCUGAGCUUCUCACCAUACAAUUCUCAGGCAGUGCCAGGCACAGCAAACUAGCAGCUCUCAUCCACUGGCUACAAAGAACACGUUCUGACUGUGACAGAAAAUUGGAAAUCACCCACCUCCAGACUACAGUAUAAAAUGCUCAAGAAAAACACUUUUUAAACAUGUCCAAUUUACCAGGACAGCUCAAAUACAUUCUGAAAAAAAGCCCCCUCAUAGACUGGGAAGAAGUGACACUGAGCCAAUGCCUUUUGUUUCUGCUAGAGCAGGUCGAGAUGGAGGAAAAGGAGUAGCGAGUCCCUGGGCUUGAUGCCUUCACAGGAAAUGAUCCUGCUGGCUAUAGCCAGCCUGCCACAGUCACAGCAUACCCCACCACCCUCCUGGCCCCAACGUGACAGCUGCUGGCAGCAAGAAGCCAAGCCAACAGCCUCCACUGAGAGCCCAGGCUCUGAGUGCCAAAUGGACAGUAAGCACCACGAUCCCUUAUCUCUAAUUACAGACAAGGAUAGCUUGACUGCUCCCAACACCAUCACUUCCUUUCUUCUGUCUUGAAUAAACUUUUAGAAACUAAUAGUCACCAGCACCAAAGAAUUAAGUCAACUAACCUGCCUUGAAUUUUAGACCAGCAAUCCAUAUGGCUUUAUCUGGUAUAAAUCUUCUGCCUUUGAUCAUUUCUGGACCGUGUAGGAAAAAGGAAUAGCAAUCAUUAAAAUCUUAGGCCAGAGAACACUAUUUUUACAUAACAGUUUCUUAAUGUAAAAUCAAGGCCUUGAACUCUUUCCCUAAGUGUCAUCUGAGAUUCCUUCAUGCUUUUAAUUCAGGGCUAUGUCUCAUCACAAAUGUCAUAUGAGCUCUAACAUCUCCCACAGGCUAGAGGAACUUGAUAGUAUAUUAUCCACUGCCUCUUAACAAGGACACAUCUGACACCCAGUGUUUGGAAUAAGUAGCACAAUGUAAUAAUAACAUAAUAAAUGGAUCCAUUCUGUAUCAUUAUAGGCAGAAGGUAUUGGCAAAUUUUUAUGUAUUGUUUAUGUACUGUACAAGUAACUUAUUCUCAAAUAAUGCAAAUUUUGCUAUAAUGUACAAAUUGCUACACAUGAAUUAAAAAGUUUUCAGAAUCUUGUUGCCACAAUA